CUUCUUCUGCGGCUGACCCAAAACCAACAAGGCGGCCUCCUUCCACCGGGCCCCCCCACGACAGCCUUCCACCAUGGCUCUGAAAAGAAUCCACAAGGAGCUGAACGACUUGGCGCAGGACCCCCCGGCGCAGUGCUCAGCAGGUCCUGUCGGGGAUGACAUGUUCCACUGGCGAGCUACCAUCAUGGGGCCAAAUGAUAGUCCGUUCCAGGGCGGGGCAUUUUUCUUGACAAUUGAUUUCCCAACAGAGUACCCCUUCAAACCACCAAAGGUUGAAUUCACAACGAAAAUUUAUCACCCAAAUGUUAACAGUAAUGGCAGCAUCUGUCUUGAUAUUCUGCGGUCACAGUGGUCUCCGGCGCUAACUAUUUCAAAAGUACUUUUGUCCAUCAGUUCUCUGUUGUGUGAUCCCAAUCCAGACGACCCCCUAGUGCCUGAGAUUGCUCACAUCUACAAAACGGAUAGAGAAAAGUACAACACGACAGCUCGGGAAUGGACUCGGAAGUAUGCCAUGUAACUAAAGAGAUUAUUGGAUACCCUCUACAAAUAAAGCAAGCGGAACUCUGAGAGUCCUUUGCUCCCCGGUUUGACCGUUGUUUCCUCGGAGCCCACGCGGUACCCGCUUCAUCCUUCCGGGGGCGCGCUUUUCACCUAACAGUACUGCAGCGUGUUGUAAAUACGGUACUGCUGUACCAACCCUGGCUCCCAGCAGAGGAGCAUUUUCCUGGCAUAACGUAGAUGUGAGAUUAACAGUGUCCUUACUGACUUAACUCUGGAUAACGCGGUGUGUGCGGUGCUUGGAAGGCGUAAAGCUCUAAGGAAACUGUGGGGUUUGCUCUAAGGUGGAAGUCUCUACGUUUUAAACGUGAUGAAAAGCAAGGUGAAGAACACAAGAGUUUCUGAACUUGUUCCAAAAGACCUAGAACUCAGAUGAACGUUAAAGCAACAAGACUAAGCCCAGCCCACCUCCUGUAUUUUAAAGUCUAAUUGGUCAACAAAAAUAGAUUGGCGCUCUCAGUCCAUAAA